ACAGCGAGGAAUCGCCGGACUUGGUAAGACACUUGGCUCGCAACAUUGAGUUCCUCACAGUAAAGGGAGAUUUACUGGAUGGAUCUUUUCCUUCACCAAAGAGGUACCUGCUGCAGUGAGGAGAUCGUACAGUCUCUCAUUUCUGUAGAAAGGUAAGUGGCCUUCCUCCACCCACAUGCACAUCAUAUUCGCUUCGUGGAAACAGAGGCUUCUUGUCAGCGGAGAUGGCGAGAACAAUCCUCUCCUUCUUCUUCUUCUUCCUCUGCCUCGUUGCCCUCCUCCAUCCUUCGUACUCUGGAGCUGUUACCCUAGAAAAGCGGAACGUGCCGGCCAUGUUUGUGUUUGGAGACUCCAUUGUUGACGGUGGAAACAACGUCUUUGUGGAUCCCAACUGCACCACCGAUACCCUGCCGUAUGGAUAUGACUUCCCCACUGGUCCUACCGGAAGGUUCACCAACGGGAGGAACCCCGAGCCAGCACUUGAGGUUUCCUCGUUUCCUUCCUGCUUUCAAGGACCCCAAGACCACAGGCGGGAUGAUACUCUUUGGAGUUAACUACGCUUCCGGUGGCUCAGGCAUUCUUGAUUAUCAAGGUUCCUUGUUUAUCUCACUGAACCAGCAAAUCAAGUACUUCCAAAAUAAAACGAUCUGUGCGUUGAGGACUCAGUUUAACAACACACAGAAGCUCUCUAUCUAUCUGGCAAAAAGCAUAUUCGUCUUCAACUCUGGAGGCAACGACAUCGAACAAGAGUGUAGCGGACCUGCUCCAAAGGAAAAGUGCGCUUCCGACGAAUUCCUUGAGAGUCUCUUGGCGAAUUUCACUCACCAACUCAAGAUCGUGUACAAUUUGGGAGCUCGAAAGUUCGUACUUUUCGGAGUUCAAGCAAAUGGUUGCAACCCUCAACAUAAGGCGACGUUACAGCCCACAGAAAAAUGCAAGGAGGAUAUAAACAACGCUUCAAAAACGUUUAACUCUCUCCUGAGAUCUUCCAUAGACAAGAUGAAUAAAAGUCUACCUGGUUCCAAUUUCGUCUUCGUCAAUACCUAUGGAAUUGUGAGAAACGUAUUUGACAAUCCACAAUCUUAUGAUUUCCACAGAAAAAGCCGGUAGAUCUGUCUAGAAACGUUAAUUAGCAAAAGAUCCACUUGGUGCGGGUGCUGGGCUUGUUGGUCGAUUUUGUGCUAGUCACUAGUGAGGUGAGUGGUGCUGUCACCAUGGAUGUGAGGGUCCCCAUUCAACAGUAGGAAUCAUUAUUACUUUCAUAUUUAAGUUAAAUGAAAGUUACGAUCUUGAUGGAAAUUCACCAAGUUUUCCGAAGGAGAUGAUGAAUCUUUACUUUGCUAUGCUAGAUUUAUUAAAAUCACAGGGAAGCAGGACAUCGAUUCUUGAUAAAACCCAUUGACGAUCAGAAAACUUUUACCCUACUGUGUUAUUGAUCAAUAUGAAAUUUCUGGGUUCCCAUCGUUAAUGAAAUAUUUGACACUGGCAUGUGGGUACUGAAAUGUUGGUUCUACUGGGUGAUAAUGUAUCAGGAUUCAAGGUGGUGAACCAGAGUUGUUGCACCAUGUCCCCUGGAAUGCGAGGUGGAGCAUGCGAACAAUACAGCACGCCUUGCAUGGAUAGGAAGACAUACAUGUAUUACGAUGGGGCGCACUUCACAGAGGCUCUAUACAAGCUUUUAGUGAAGAAGGCGUACAACUCGACGCUGCCGACGGAAGUAUAUCCUUUCAAUGUUGCACACCUUGCUGGACUGACUUGAGAUCCAAACUGUUUGGAGCCAGCUUGAGCUAGGUGAAGAAGGAAAAGGUAAUGAGAGAGUUGACCCUUAAUGUAAUAAAUGAGUUGUUUGGUUGUACUUGCAUUUAGACUGGAUCUGAUCAAUAAUAUUUAUAUUUGCGGACA